AUGGGAGACUGGCAGGAUGGCCGAGCACAUGGAUAUGGUGUAUGCAAGGGUCCGACGAGGCAAGGUGAAUACAGUGGACUGUGGAGCCAUGGGUUUGAGUCUCUGGGAGUGUACACCUGGCCCAGUGGAAACACAUAUCGUGGCUACUGGGACCAAGGCAAGAGGAAUGGCCUGGGAGAAGAACAUAAAGGACGGUGGCUGUAUCGGGGAGAAUGGACACAUGGACUAAAGGGAAGGCUAGGUGUGAGAGAGAGUCUUUCUGGAGCACGAUAUGAGGGACUAUGGACAGAUGGCCAGCAGGAUGGUUAUGGCAUAGAGACGUACUCAGAUGGAGGUACAUACCAAGGCCAGUGGCAAACCGGUAAGCGUCAUGGAUAUGGUGUACGUCAGAGUGUCCCAUAUCAUCAAGCUGCACUUCUCCGUUCUCCUCGAACACCAACCCUCACUUCUUUGCCUAACUCCCCUGAUGCCCACACCAAUACAGCCCCAGGACUACUUCCAGGAAGCCCUGCCUCUGGAUCCCGUGGUGGGUUUGUUUUGAAAGUUCGAGGAGUUGGAUCUGAGUCCACUGGUCCUGGCAGCAGUGCACGUUCACUUAUACUGAGUGGGUUCCGAUUACAUCGUGGAUCAGAUACCAAAGCCCCCACUAGUGGCCGGGACAGCCAGCGCAGUUCUUUGAGAAGUGAAACUCGGGGGGCUGGUGGCUCUCUAGGAUCUAGUGCCAGUCAAGAUGGAUCCAGUGCUAGUGUAGCAGAAACUGAGUCUGAGCUACCAAUUGCUGCCUGGGAAACAGAGACUUAUGCUGGCGAGUGGAAGAGUGAUCGCCGCAGUGGGUAUGGGGUAAGCCGUAGAUCAAACGGGCUUAGUUAUGAAGGGGAAUGGCUUAGAAAUCGACGGCAUGGUUAUGGUAGAACCACCUAUCCCGAUGGUUCCAGAGAAGAAGGAAAGUACAAGAUGAACAUGUUGGCUAGUGGUAAAGUGAAGAGUCUGUUCCCAUUGCGCAGGGGUAAAGGGAGGGAGAAGGUGGAGCGAGCAGUGGAGGCUGCAAGAAGAGCAGAAGCAACUGCCAGACAGAAACAAGAGAUGGCAAUAGCCAGGUAA